UCAUUGUCUGAGCUUCCUUUUUCCUUUGUCUUCCCCGAAAUAGAAAUAUUUAAAAGAAAAACAAGCUAAGCCCACCACAUUUUCUUGAAUUUUCUCUACCAUUUAGUACUACUUUUUAGCAAGAAACUAUAGGGUCAAUGGUGUGUUUUUGUUUUCUGGUGGAUCAGAAGAGAGUAACGAAAAAGACUAAACCAGUAGCCGGUUCCUGUUCCAGAUGUGGCUAUAGUGCUCAUGUUGCUGAUAUGUGUACGCUAACCAGAUUUUGUAAUAUACCUUUUUAUUGGAAAUCUUGGAAAGCUAUUGUCUGUUGUUUCUGUGGCGCCAUUCUCAAGUCUUACAAAUAACCAUUAAUUCUUUUCUCUUCGAUUGUUAUAUGUGUCAUAUUUAUGUGUGUGGAGUGAAGUCUUUAUGAGUCCCUGAUCAUCAGGAUUUUGUAUUAUUUAGAACAAUAUUACUGAAGUUAGGGGUGGAGGUACAUGAUCAAAAGAGGGUCAAUUGAAUCUCUCCGCUGAAUAAUUAUAUUUUGCAUCAUGAGUAACGACUUGUUCUAUGUAUAUACAUAUUAUAUAUAUUAACUAUACAAUUCACUUUAUUAAAAAGAAGCUUCAAGUUUACUCCCUCCGGUUUA